GUGAGUAAGAACCACCAACAAUGGGACCAACUUGCUUAAAAAGAUUUAUGGGUUUUCGCUUUUAUUACACACUCUCCCAAAUCCAAAGAAGCGUUUGUGUUUAGAUACGUGGUGGUGGGCAAAGAAAAGAACCAAACACGCCACUAGGAGCUACCAUCUCUGUUUUAUUGCUGCUUCUGCUUCCUCUUCCAUUACUCGUCUUAAAACAAAGGAGAAAGAGUCAAGAGACAUGCAUGCGAAGACAGACUCGGAGGCAACAAGCAUCGACGCAGCGGCUUUGUCUCCGCCGCGUUCAGCGAUUAGACCUCUUUACUAUGUACAGAGUCCAUCAAACCAUGACGUGGAGAAGAUGUCAUUUGGUUCUGGUUGCAGCCUAAUGGGUUCACCUACACAUCCACAUUACUACCAUUGCUCACCAAUCCAUCACUCCCGUGAGUCAUCCACCUCUCGCUUCUCUGACCGUGCUCUCCUCUCUUACAAGUCCAUCCGUGAACGUCGCCGAUACAUCAACGACGGAGACGACAAAACUGACGGCGGAGAUGACGACGACCCGUUUCGGAAUGUGCGACUCUACGUUUGGUUGCUCCUCUCCGUAAUCUUCUUGUUCACAGUCUUCUCUCUUAUACUCUGGGGUGCUAGCAAAUCCUACCCUCCCAAAGUUACUGUAAAGGGGAUGCUGGUGAGGGACUUGAACUUGCAGGCAGGGAACGAUCUUAGCGGAGUGCCUACGGACAUGUUGUCUCUUAAUUCGACGGUCAGGAUAUAUUACCGUAACCCAUCAACUUUCUUUGCCGUCCACGUCACUGCUUCUCCUCUUCUCCUUCACUACUCCAACCUCCUACUAUCCUCCGGUGAGAUGAACAAGUUCACGGUUGGUAGAAAUGGCGAAACGAACGUAGUGACGGUGGUGCAAGGCCAUCAGAUUCCCCUCUACGGUGGUGUUUCUUUCCAUCUUGAUACACUCUCCCUGCCGCUUAAUCUCACUAUCGUCCUCCAUUCAAAAGCUUACAUUUUGGGAAGACUCGUCACCUCCAAGUUCUAUACAAGGAUCAUCUGCUCAUUCACUCUCGACGCCAACCAUCUCCCAAAAUCCAUCUCUCUUCUCCGCUCCUGUAUUCCUUAACACUGAUUACACGUGUGUGGAUGUGUGUUCUUGUAUCUUUUGCCAUCAAAUAUUUUAAUCCAUCAAGUACAACAUCAACAUUUCUACAUGCCACAGUCAAAUAAGUGAUCACAUAUAUAGAUGACACCGCUUUAUUAGCCUUCAAGAGCCAAAAUAUUACUAGAAAAACAAAGUCCCUUAAACCAAAUAUAAUCUAUUCAGACGCUAUGCAUAGAGUUUCAGAAAGGCCAAUCCAUCAAGAAAGUCUCAGGCCUUACUGUAAUAGUAAUUUAGAACUCUGUACCAGUCUAUUAGUUACAGAAAGACAUAAUGGCUUGUCCUACCAGUCUAUAGUUGGAGCCUUUGCAGAUGGAAAACCAUACUACCCAACUUAGAAUAGGAGGUGAGUUCUCUGUUACACAGCAAGCAAU